AUGGACGCCAUAAAAGUGUUUAACAACGUGGCACAUGGAGUGAAAAAUGUGAAAACAAUCCUUUCGGUAUUCGAUGGAAUUGACAAGUCAAUUAAGGAGCAGAAGAAGAAAAUAUUGAAACCACGGACUAUUAUGGAUAUUUGCAUUUUGCAGACUAUAUUGGAAAAAGUCGCUAAAUCCCAAAACGAGGAGCUAAUCAAGGACUUUGAGCAACACGAGAUAACAGUAAGACUGGAGAAAGUAGCCCUAUUGAUAAUCCAAUAUGAAGCAAGAGACGGCAAGAAUCUCAAUAAAAAAGAGAAGCAGAGAUUAGGAUAUGUUGUGGAGGAGAUCGAGUGUAUUUAUGAUCAUUCGAAGGCACUUAUGUUGGCUAAUGUUUUAGAUGUCACUGGAAGUUUUAAACUUUGA